CUUAUCAUACAGUGACUUGAACUCACUUCAGUUAGCCAGCUGUGGCCUUCAAGAGUGAGACAACAAGCAGAAGCUCCUCAGCUGACCAGGCGGUUUUCUUGCCAACAUUUGAGAUAAAGAUGGAAACUACAACGAGUGAAUAUGGUGACUAUGACUACAACGAUACGUCGACGCCUAUCCCUGUAUGCCUUCGGGAAAGAGACAACAUUGUGGGAGCUCAUCUAUCCAUCCUCUUCUACUUUAUGUUCCUCUUCAGUGUCUGCUUCAAUGUGCUGGUUCUGGUUAUCAUCCAUCGGUUUGAGAAGCUGACCACUGUGACCAACAUAUUCCUGUUGAACCUGGUGGUGUCCUCCCUGAUCUUUGUGAGCAGCCUUCCCUUCUUGGCAGUCUACAUGCAACGCUCUGAAUGGAUCUUUGGCAGUGCCAUGUGCAAGAUUGUCAGUACUGUCUACUACAUGGGAAUUUACAGCUCUGUCCUCUUUCUAGCUCUUUUGACCUUUGACCGACACCUUGCAGUUGUGUACUCCUUGGGUGCAUCACGAAUGAGAAAUCGAAAAUAUGCAAUAGCCUCCUGCGUUGUGGUGUGGCUGGUCACCAGCUUGGCGUGUGUCAAACAGAUGAUUAUCCAUAAAUCUUUUAACUAUAGCAUUGACAACAAGACAUACUGUGAAGAGCAUACUACAGAAAAUGAUUUGAAGAAGCUGAGAUUAUUUGGAUUUUACCUUCAGAUUUUUCUUUUCUUCCUCUUUCCUCUGGCUGUUAUCAUUUACUGCUACAUUAGGAUUGCUAUCACCGUCUUAACAUCGAAGAUUGUCACCAAGUUUAAGACAGUCAGGUUGAUAUUCGUUAUUGUGGUGUUAUUCUUUGUGUGCUGGACCCCAUACAACAUUGUACAACUGAUGCAUGAUAGUGGAGCCCACAAAUGUAAAGACUUGGAAAAUUUAGGUUAUGCUCUUCAUAUCACUCGUAACCUUGCCUACAUUUACUUUUGCAUUAGUCCUAUUUUCUACACAUUCGUUGGGAGAAAGUUUCAGAACUAUUUCAGACUAAUGUUAGUCAACCGUUUCCCAAGGUUAAGGAAGCAUAUUUCUGUCAGUCAACAUACUGGAACCAAUAUGUCCACGAAAACUACACCAAAUGAUCUGUAGGCAGGGAGCUCUUUGUUUCUUAGGACAGCCGAGGGUUAAGCAAACCAAGGGUUUAAAGGAAAGUUGUAAGAGUUUGUAUUCUUUUUGGAUUGUCUCUGUGGAGAUUGAUGAAGUACAAGUACUGACAGAGUUUCACCAAAAAUAAUAACAAAGCUGAAAUAACUGAUUUCAAAACAGAUGUGUAUCUGUUGCUAUUUGGUAUCUGCACUUUGAUUAGCUGUGUUGCAAAUCUCCCCUGUUUGUCCUGUAGAGAACAUGUUUUGAAACUCUAGUCCACAAUGAAACUUAUGCCACCUCUCGAGGUUUGUCUUUUUUAUUGAUGCAGUUCAUCGACAAAUUGGUUUUGGUAGUGGUAAGAAGUUGAUUAAAGAAGCUCUGAAUUGAAUUUCUGUGAAGGCUGGGUCAAGACAAACACAACAUGAACGUUAAUCGUCAGCAUAUUGCGUGACAUCCACUUAGGUCUCUCUCGUGAGGUUUUUUGCAAUGCACAUCGAGCAAAUCUUGCCAUAUGUGCUGCAAACCUGCUCACCACAACACCUUUCUCUAUCACAGUGAAUGGUAAUUCAUUGUAAUUGCAUGGAAUGUAUCUCAGAGGCUGGUUCAUGCCUAAAUGCCCACUUACUAAGGAUGAUACAUUGUUUAAAUUUUGACAUAUUUCAAACUGAUCCAUUGUAAAGUGAUGCCCAAAACAAUGUCUUAUUUUGUAGAUGCAUUUUUUAUUUUGUGACUACUUCAUAAUAAAAGUCAAUUGGUUCCGACUAAUUCAACUUGAUUAGGGAGAGUCAAAGGUGUAGUGCUGUAAGGAGAGUGGAAGUUUGCGGGCUGUUUCAGUGGAACAGAUGAAACAUAGCAAAGGCCGUCAAUAUAUUUUAAGCAUGUAGGGCGCAGGCUCUGAGAUCGUUGUUGUUUCCUGUAGUCAUGGGGAUUUUGGAAACGGCCAGUGGGAGGCAUGUACCAACAGCCUAAUUCCUACUUCCAGUGAGCACUGACUGUUGAAUCAUCUAUAUCUAGCCUAAUAUAGUGUGCUUCUCCAAAACGAUGACUAAAGUGUGCGCACUCAUUGUCCACAUGGACUUGAGCCUGCAAAUGACUGCUUUAUUUGUUCUGAUUUAGUACAUGUUGUAAUGUUAUUGCUUUUUUAAAGAUAUUUUUAUCGAGAAAAAUGUUUACAAUGUUGAUGUUAAAAGACAGUUAAUAAAAAUGUAAUGUGAUGAUUCAUCACAGAGAAAGAAAACAGUGAUGAAGCUGCACCAAAAAGGAGUUAAAAGCUUCAUGGUUGGUUGUUUUUUGUGUAUAAUCUAUUUCAUUAAAUCAGAUAUUCUAAUCAGCA